AAAAAUCAGGUUUCUUGCGAAAAAUGAGCCUAAGUGACAACUCCCGACGGGGAAUCCCAAAAUGACGUCACCAUCAAAUCAGCGGAGCGCCCGACGACAACUCGGAAAGUUCAAACGUGCCACCAGCCCAUUGACCCUCAUUCCAACACCACUGCUGCCAAAUAUGACCCAAAUCACCCGAUAAACCCGUGAUUUCCGACUGGUUUUGGCAACGAGGCCGGGUUUCACUGUCACGGUCAGCUAUUUAAGCUUUUUUAUUCGGCCGAGCGACAGUGACCAGUCGCGACCAUGCUUCGUGCCGUGCUGUGCGUCUGUCUCCUGGCUUCCGCGUCGGCCGCUAGAUCGCGCUCGCGGUCGGACGAAUCCGUCGAGUCCAAGGAGGAUAUAUCCAUCGAGGAGGUUUCCAAGGAGUCCGGGUCCGCCGAGGAUGAGUCCUCUGAGGAGUACGGGGUGAACCGACCCCAAUCUCCAUCCCAAAUUAGUAGUAAUGAAGAGGUGUCCGGCGCCAAGGUCUUCAGGGUCUCCAUCAAGGAUAAGAACGAUGAGCGGGAUUUUGAAAGGAUCAGGAGCAAGGCCUUCAUUGAUAUGCUGCAUCGGUCAAAAUCAGACGUGGACAUCCUGGUGCGACCAUCGACUUACGAAAAGACCAAAGAUCUCCUUCGUUCGACCAAUCUGGACUACGAAGUCUUGAUUGACGAUCUUGGAAAGAGGAUAGAACUUGAGAAUCCUGCAAUAUCCGAGGAAACGGCUGAAUUGGUUGGACGACAAGGACACAAGCUCACGUUCGAGCACUAUCAUCGUGUUGAGGAUCAGCACGGUUAUCUGGAUUAUCUUGCUGAGACGUAUAAGGACUACGUCACAUUGGAGUCCAUCGGUACUUCGCAUGAGGGCCGGGAACUAAAGCUCAUCAAAAUCUCAAGCGGAUAUCCGAACGCAUCAGCUAUUUGGAUAGAUGGAGGAAUCCACGCGCGGGAGUGGAUCGCCUCGGCGACGGUGCUGCACAUCGUGCGGGAGCUGACGGAGUACCGGGACAACUUGCCGGAGGAGAUGAAGCAGGUGGACUACUACGUGGUGCCGAUGGUGAACCCGGACGGGUACGAGUUCUCGCACAGCGCCUACCGGAACCGGCUCUGGCGGAAGAACCGGGCGCCCGGCUCCGGCUCCUGCCAGGGGGUCGACCUCAACCGCAACUACGGCUACAAGUGGGGCGGCAAGGGGACCAGCAACUACAAGUGCAGCGACAUCUUCCGCGGCGCCGGACCCAACUCCGAGCCCGAGACCAAAGCCAUCGCCAACUACAUCGGGAAGAAAAAACCCGAGAUCCAGGGCUUUCUGACUUUCCAUAGCUACGGACAGUACAUUCUUUAUCCUUGGGGCUACGACAAAAAGCUACCUCCUGACUACGAGGAUCUGCAACGUGUUGGUGACAUCGCAGCGCAAAGAAUAAAAGAAAAGCAGGGUGUAAAAUAUAAAGUUGGCAACAGUGCAAAUAUGUUGUACGCUGCAGCUGGGGCUGCCGAUGACUGGGCUAAGGCCUACGGGAAGGUCAAAUACACUUACACGGUGGAGUUGAGGGACGAGGGUAGUUACGGGUUCGUCCUCCCCUCCUCAGAGAUCACCGCCUGCGGUAAAGACGGAUUCGAGGUCGUCCGAGCUGUCGCCGAGGCCCUGGUCAAGACUUCCGGAUAGUACGUCGCUCAACCUGUUUUCAAAACCAAACUCCCAACGUGUGUACAAACGUGGUUCUUCCAGGUUUACACAACUUUUCACCACUGUGUGGUGCUGUAGUAUCUCCGCAAGAAUCUAUCGCCGUAGUGUGUUAGCAUUAGACUACAUUUGGACUGCAUUUUGUAAUAUGGAACUAUAAAUUCUGGCUCCUCUGGAAAAACACUUAUGUGCAUAGGAAAGCUGAUGGUACAUACGUUGUUUCUAAGCUGAGUCAGAAAUUAUAGUUCCUAAUUGGAAAAUGUAGUCCAUUUUGCAAUUAGGAACUACCAUUUGUGGUUCACUUAAGAGACGACACAUGUGCCAUUAGUUUCAAUAUAUAGAUAAGUGCUUCUAUAAAUGAGCCCUAAACGGUAGCUCCUUACUGCAAAAUGUAGUCCAAUUCGUCAGUCUUCGGAUGGAAGAACGUAACUAAAUUUUAACGUUGCGAAACUCUCACUCGUAAAUUGCAUUCUUACGAGAAAACUAUUUGAUAUUAUUCCUAACUAAAAAUUUCACCGACUGUUCCUCCGCUUACCAGCAAAAAUCAGUAAAAUUUGGACAGGACCUGCAGUCAUAUAGUAAAAAAUUGAAUUAUAUGAGUCAAUUUUGCUGCCUUAGAAUUGAGUUAGGUUCCUCCGUCUGGGAAUCGGCGAGAUUAGUGGAGGUUGUGACAUUAUGUCACAUUGGUACGCACAGGUACACUGAGAAAAAGAGUUGUUGGUGACCCAGAUAAUCGCAGAUGGUGCUGUACAGUACACCAACAAAAUCAGUAUUUCACAUCAAUCCGUUGGUUCAACACAGUAACUAUUACCAGAAGACCAGUUGAUGUAGACCACUAAUUUUAUCCGUGUGCAGCACCAACCAGAUUAUUUUCGCCUUUUCUUGCUCAUGAAACACCAACUUUCUUUUUUCCGCACAGCACAUUUUACAGUGAUGAUCACCAGAAUGUGAUCCUAUGUGUCGCGAGUAUGACCAUCAUUAUAUUCUUUGCGUAGACGAAUAAAUACCUUUCAAUAGUUUUUUGGUGACAAAUAGAAACUUCCAGUUUCGGAGCUCAUCAGACUAAAAUAUUCAAAACCGUUUGUUCGAAACUGUGGUUCAAUUCCUAGUGAUGCAAUCUUGAAAACCUCGGAAUCAUAUUCUUGUUGCCUGUUGAACAACUCUAAGAGUAAUUAGUUAAGCAAAACAUGUGAUUUUUUUGACCCGAAGCACCACAGCCAAAAAGAUGGUAAGAUGUUGAAUCUUCGAGAGGAAAAGUUUUUGUCUUCGCUGAGACACCUUUGGAGGCUUUUCAUUUGGUUCUGAUAUAUUCAGAGUAUCUAACAAAUUAACAGUUUCAUUAAUAUUACUAGAUGGUACCCUAAACGGUCAUGUUGUGCAUGAGGCCUCAGAUAUUACGUUUUGAGAUAAAGAUUUUUAGUUUUACUCUAGAGAGCUUCAUAUCAUGUAGGAAAGCAACGAAUGAGAUGAUUUCCGGAUUGUAUAUCAUAGCAGGGUUGCGUCUCAGCCUGAAAACAACCCUUAAAUCUUAGCUAUAAACUUUAAGAGGGAGCAGAUGGUAUUUUGUGAUUACUGAUGUAAACAUUAAGUACGAAGAAAGGAGUAUUUGUUUCGUAAUAAAACACCAAAUUAGUAGUCAAAUAAUAAUGGAAAUGAAAUGUGGUGCAGUUAUUGAUCCAUAAUUUGUUGAGUCGCUUGGUAUGAAUUAUUCUUAAACUCACUUACAGCUUUAAGUAGAUAAUUUUAUUCUCAGAGACUGCCAUUCUAUCAUAUUUAACACAUUUUUCAGGGAUAUAAACAUGCUUUACGAUUAGUUUGGCCAAGCGAAUCAGAUUGGAGCCACGCCACUUUUUUCAAAAGAUUUGAGGCGGUUUUGAAUAAGAUCUUAACGACAUUUUUGUUUUUGGAAACUCAUAAACGCAUAACAUAAAACAGAUUUGAAAACUGAAAGCCAUUGAGUCGACUCGGAGGAUUGGAGGUUUAAAAUUGUGAAUCUCAUUCCUUUAUUAUGAAUUAUUCUUCUCGAAAAUUACACUUGGCUGCAAAACGCAAUGCAAUUAGCGAAGUACAUGUUCACAUUUUGUGCCAGUUUUUUUAUUCCGAUCAGAAGACAUCUCCCUUCAAGGCACUACUUAUGAAUCAAAGAUAAAUCGAAGGAGGCAAAUUGGUACAUUCAAAACAUGGAGUAGCAUACAGUUAAGGAGGAAAAUAAUUUUUAAUGACUCUAUAUUGCAGUUUGUCAAUUAUGCCUCAUCUAAGUCUCCUCCUUACGCAAUGAAAUGGAAGUUGUUUACUUUUCUCUUAUUUGUAUGCGCAAAAGUAUCCGCGGGUAUUGAGGAAGUUGAAAAGUUAUAAUUGUACCUGCUACCUGCUCUUUGUGAACGCUUCAGUCUUUGAGAUCUGAAUUAGAAACAUUUAGAUGUUACUAUUUCAUAGUCCUUAUAACUAAACAAAAUUCUGAGGAAAUAAUAAAGUGAUAUUUUUCUCUUUUGUAAA